GCCCCCUUGCUGUUCGGCGCGCGCCUCCGUCCCUGCAGGUUCUCCUAGAGCCCAGGCCCCGCCCGUUUCCCGCCUCCAGGGCUUGGUUCGUUCCCGCCCCAGCCCGCCCUUCUCCUUUGCGCCCCUGCUGCUUCUGCUGAAGGCGGAGGAUCCAUGUUGUCCCCUCAGCGAGCGGUAGCGGCUGGCUUGGGAGGAGCAGGUGAUGCCAUGGAGAGCAAAAAGCCUGGACCGGUGCAGGUUGUUUCAGUUCACAAAGACCAACAUUCCUUUGAGCUAGAAGAGAAGGCCUUGGCCGGUAUCCUCUUGCAGGACCACAUCCGAGAUCUUGAUGUGGUGGUGGUGUCAGUGGCUGGUGCCUUCCGAAAGGGCAAGUCCUUCUUUCUGGACUUUAUGCUACGAUAUUUAUAUUUUCAGAAGGAAGGUGGCCAUUCAAAUUGGUUGGGUGACCCAGAAGAACCAUUAACAGGAUUUUCAUGGCGAGGGGGUUCUGACCCAGAAACCACUGGGAUUCAGAUCUGGAGUGAAGUAUUCACGGUGGAAAAGCCAGGUGGAAAGAAGGUUGCAGUUGUUCUGAUGGAUACCCAGGGGGCGUUUGACAGCCAGUCAACUGUGAAAGAUUGUGCUACCAUCUUUGCUCUAAGCACUAUGACUAGUUCUGUUCAGAUUUAUAAUUUGUCCCAGAACAUUCAGGAAGAUGAUCUUCAACAGCUGCAGCUCUUCACGGAAUAUGGUCGUCUGGCAAUGGAUGAAAUUUUCCAGAAACCUUUCCAGACACUGAUGUUUUUGGUUCGAGAUUGGAGUUUCCCUUAUGAAUACAACUAUGGACAACAAGGGGGAAUGGCUUUUUUGGAUAAGCGUCUACAGGUGAAGGAGCAUCAACAUGAAGAAAUUCAGAACGUCCGGAAUCACAUUCACUCAUGUUUCUCCAAUGUCAACUGUUUUCUCCUACCACAUCCAGGACUCCAGGUGGCCACAAGCCCUGACUUUGAUGGGAAGUUGAAAGAUAUUGCCAGUGAAUUCAAAGAGCAGUUACAGGUACUGAUUCCAUUUGUAUUAGACCCAUCUAACUUAAUGGAAAAGGAGAUCAAUGGCUCAAAAGUCACCUGUCGGGGACUACUGGAGUAUUUUAAGGCAUAUAUUAAAAUUUACCAAGGGGAAGAUCUGCCUCACCCUAAAUCCAUGCUUCAGGCCACUGCUGAAGCCAACAAUUUAGCAGCUGCAGCUUCUGCCAAGGACAUUUAUUAUAACAACAUGGAGGAGGUUUGUGGGGGAGAGAAACCUUAUUUAUCACCAGACAUUUUAGAGGAAAAGCACUGUGAAUUCAAACAGCUUGCUCUAGACCAUUUUAAGAAGAUCAAGAAGAUGGGUGGGAAGAAUUUUAGCCUUCGCUAUGAGCAGGAGUUGGAGGAGGAAAUCAAGGAACUCUACGAGAACUUCAGCAAGCACAACGGCAGCAAGAACGUCUUCAGCACCUUCCGAACCCCCGCGGUGCUCUUCACGGGCAUCGCAGCCUUGUACGUGGCCUCAGGCGUCACGGGCUUUCUGGGCCUGGAGGUCGUGGCCCAGCUGUUCAACUGUCUCGUUGGACUGCUGCUGAUCGCGCUGCUCACCUGGGGGUACAUCAGGUAUUCCGGCCAAUACCGAGAGCUGGGUGGAGCCAUAGAUUCUGGUGCAGCCUAUUUAUUAGAACAGGCUACCUCUCAUGUGGGUAAUUCCACUCAGGCUGCUGUGAGGGACGCAGUAGCUGGGAGACCACCCGUGGAUAAAAAAGCUCAGUAGCAUCUUAAUGUGAGGAUCCGGCGAGAAUGCGGCCAGCCCCUGCUGAUUUCUACGUGUAUGCCACGGCCACAGGUCCAGGUACCAAGGAGACGGCGGAGCUGAGACCAUCCAGGAAGAGCUAAAACGUGGCACCGUAAUAAAUGAAACAGCCUCUCCUGUGGUUUUGAAUUCUUAAAUACACUUCCAUUUCUGUUGGAAGCGUUUCUUUCCUUGCUGAUAUAGAUCCAAGCCUAUGUCUGUUUUCUUAUUACUCUCUGCUUUGUGCACUUUAUGAUGGAAAAAGUUAAAUGAAAAAAAUGUAAACACAGCUUUAAUUCCUUUAUGUGCCACUUAGUGCCUUUUGAGAUUGAAUCCAUGCUUUUGUGGACCCGAUGGGGAGGGGAGAUGGAGGAUAACCUCAUGAUAGAUUCUGUUUUUGGGUGAAACUUGCCAGUUCUUUUGUAUGUUACUCUUUUGAGUUUUUUUAAGUUUACCAAACUUGCAAAAGCUUGGGAACUAAAGACUGGCCGAAAAUGAUGCCAUUAGACUUUAAAAUUUUUAUUUACAAUAUUAGAGGAUCCUAUUUUCCAUAUAGUUUGGAAAAACCAUAUCAUAUUUAAAUAUACCAUACUUUGAAAUUUAAGGUCUUUUACCUGACUGGCUGACAGUUUUGUUGCAGCAUGCUCUCUUUUUUCCUUGCCUUUGUUCUAGAAAAGAAAGCAUACAGGCCUGAAAAAGCCAGAGUAGCUCCUAAUUAAAGGAAUGAGCUGGAUAGUUUAAGAAAAAGGCCUGAAUUUAAAUGAACCAUGUGACCUCUGAUAAGUCACCUGAACUUGUGCCUUGUUCAGAUUCACUGUUCAUAGUUUGUAUAUAUUAUGUACAAUGCUCACACACAAUUGCCAUUUGAGAGUUUUUCUUUUUUUGAGAGUGCUGCCUAAGGACUUAACUUUAUUAGCAAUUAGAGGAAAAACAUUGUCACACAUUACUGCCUUUAAUUAAUUUCCUUUUUCAUGUAGUUUAGCAAUAACUCAGGUCUUUGUCCAAAAUGUUUAUGUAUGUUCUCUUAUGCACUGUCAAAUAUUUUUAAUAAUGAAGCUACAAUUGUCAAUUUUAUUUAGAAAAUCUUUAAUUUUCCUUGCUACUUGUCUGGUAGAUUUAAAAAGCUUUGGCUUGGUAAGGACCAAAGUCCUACCCAAAUAUAGACAAUAUCUAGAAAUUUCUAAGAAUUCUUUUCAUUUGCCUUGAUUGUGUGCUAAAAAUUUUUUUUAUCUGAUUAGUUGUCUUCGUCUUUGAUUUGUAAUGGUGAGUUAGUGAGGAUUUUAAAACUUCUUAAAACUUGCCUGCAAGUAUCUAUACAAACAUUCAGAUGUAUGAGCCUUAAUUUUCCAUGAGAACUUAGUUUUUGUUGUGGGAGGUGGGUAGGAAAGCUUAGGCAAAAUCUGAGUGUAAAUUAUAUAUACAUGAAGUCUGAAUGGAAGGUGGGAGAGGUCUCCUUUAGCAUUUAAUCUCUUUAUCAAAGAAUUUUCUUUUGACUAUUUUACCCUUUUACUCCUCAAGUAUUAUGACAAGUCCUCAAUUAAUUCCAAGCAUUCUUUUUUUUUUUUUUUCAUGUUUACAUACAAUCUUGCCCUGUAGUUUAUUCUGUUUUAUUCAUUUGCCAUUAAGUCUUAUAGAAAUUCUGGCUUGUUCUAAAAAUUGUUUACUUGCUAAUCAGUGAUGAUAAGUUUUGACUGUUAAAUUUCAAGUUUGUUUCUGAAAUUUUUGAUGUAUUUUCAGGGACUUUCAUCUUCCUGAGAGUUCAUACUUAUUAGCAGGCCUUACAACUGUUGUGAUACUUAGCUUUUUUAUAUUUUUUUAAGAUACUUAAUUCUUUUAAUGCAUUUUGUAAGCAUAUUUAGAAGUUUCGGAAUAAUUAAGUAUCAAAUAUCAAAUAUAGUCCUACUUUUAAUGGUGAGAAAAGAUGAUGUGUCCAAAGCUUAUUCUAAUACUCAAGUAUUAGGUCUUUUUUUUUUUUUUUAAUAUUUGAUAAUAUAUGAUUUAAUUAAAUCUUAAGGUUUAUUUACUGUUUAGAUUUACUGUUUCUGUUUUGAUCUUAUAAAGGAGUAGCGUUGGGUUAAUUACUCUGGGUAAGCCUUAUUAUUAUUAUUAUUAUUCUUUUUUUUCUGCUUCUGGAAAGUGUUUACAAAGUUUUUUCAGUGAGCGUUCUUAUAAGUUUUCUUUGGCCUCUCUUCUAACAGUAAAUUGAUGAUUUUAUAUCAACUUUUUUGAUAAAAGAUGCAUUCUGAGUGCUAGCCGUAAAUAAUCAUGGGGAGAUUUAUAACAAGGUUAAAAUGAAUGUCUUUUACCUCUUAACUUCCCUCCGCCUUUAAUUUGUGAGUCAGGGACAUUAGUGUUUGCUGCUCUGCCAACCUGGCUGGCCUUUCCAUGUAAACAUUUUUAAUUUGCACAUUCCUAUCAAUAUAUGAAGCACAUACUUACUGACACUGAAAAAGGAGGUUUCCAGAAUUUUCAUAUCAGAAGAAUCUCAUUGUUGCAAAGCUUUUGUUUUUAUACUUCCAAUUAACUUCUUAUACUAAAAAUAAUAGAAUCAAAGUGAUACUGAGAAAUCUUUCUAGGUUGAUUUGGAGACAAAAUAAUGAGGACAAAAUUAUCAUGUAUGAUGAUAAAGCAUCUACAGUCAUAUCUUAUUUUAGCAGUAUACUAAGAAAUCUGUUUGUUCCAUGGAGGUUUGUGUAUUAAACCCAACUGUAUGCUUUGUAAAAUUGCCUGUGACUAUUGAUUGUGCUUUACUUGUUCUUUCUCUUUUCUCUUACAUGAAAUAAAAUGCUUUGGGCAAACAAAAAAUAACUGCCCUCUAUUGGCAGUCUGUUUCUUUAGCAGAUUAUACAUAAUGUUCUACAUGGCUUAUAAAAGUAGUGCCUUGGCUAGGGUGACUAUGUAUGAGUUACAGAGAAAUUAAGUAGAGUUGAUUGAAGUCCAGACAAAAGCAAUAAAACAUAAAUAGUUUUACUUUUUCCUAGGGUUUUGCUUUGUUUUGUUUUGUUUUUUUAACUAUGUAACUUAUAUGGAAGUCUUCAUAGUACUAGUCUUGAAAUGUAAUUGAGGAUGAUUUAGUGUUUCCAUCUAAGGUAGCCAAUAUGGGUUACAUCAUUCUGCCAUACAUUUUGAUCCAACAAAAUUUUUGUCAAGGGACCAAGGGUAUUAGGAAGACAAACGUCAUUUAUGAAAGUAUAAACUAUUUGUGUGAUUUCUUAUAUGGCAUUAAGAAGUCCAUUGUAAAAGUUAAUUUGUAAUUGAGUAGUUUCCCUUAUGUUAUGACAAGCCAUAUUGUAGCUCUGUUUUGGGUGGUGGUACUAUAAUCUCUCUUGGAGUGUAUGCGACUUAACUGGGAAGCUUGAUAAAAAAUUCAGAUUCCCAGCCUUAUACCCAGGGAUUGCCUCAGUUGGUCUGGGCUGUGGUCCUGGGAUCACCACUUUUAUAGACAGUAUUGCAGCUGGUUCAGAGACCACAAUGAGAGAGUCUGUUCCAUGGGGUGGGAAGUAUUAACAAGAAAGUGCUCUUCAGUGUUAUUGGGGGGCAAGUGGACAGCUUUUACCCAAGGCUCAGAAUAGGGUGGUGGUCUACUGCCAGAUACAAUCACUGAAAGUUUACUAUGUUCAGAGUAAUAAGACAGCAGGCAGUGGAGGAACUUUAAUCCACAGGAUUACAUAAACUUCUCAAAGCUGUUUUUCUAAAUUAAGAUGUCAGUGCCUUCACUGAAAACUGAAUGUAUAAGUAUCUUUUUUCCUAACAGGUGUAAUUACAAUUGAAGAUUUUUUUUAUAGUUAUUUUUCUUUUGAAAGCCAAAGUCAGCACUGUGACUUGAACCCCUGAAUUAUCUUUCACACACAUAAAACUUGAAGCUGCAAGUAGAAAUAGUGAACAAAAGGGAAAGAACAGGACCAUAACUUUGACACCUGCACAAAAGUACCCCAUAUCAGGAAUUUUCAAAAUAGAUCCAGGGUGGAAAGGUUUUGAAAGGGAUGUUUCUUCCUUGGGAAGGAAUGUAAUGUGCCAGAACUAAAAUUUAAAUGUGAUGUUUUAAUGACAAAGGAAAGGUUGCAUUUGAUUUCCAAAGUUUUCUAAUUUAGGCAAGUAAAUGCUGUCACGGACUUGAGCCUUAAAGGAGUUAAUGUUAAUCUUGAACAUAUAUAGAUUUUCCCCUCAGAUUCCUUUUGUCCCUUUGAUUUUUGUUAAAAGUACUUUCUGCUAGACUCUUGCCUUUGAAUGACUUUAAAAUGUAAUAUAGCUUUUAAAAAGUGCAACAGGAUGAGAUUAUGCUAUUAGUAUAUUAAAAGCUCGUUUCUGUUUUACUUGUAAGGAUAUUUAAUGGAAUAAAGAUUGCAAUACCAA